AUGUGGCGUCUUCUAGCUGCUGUGACAAGAAACCUCCAGAGCACAAGAAAGAGUUCCAAGGUGGCAGAUGAGAGCAUGUUUGAGACAGGAAACGGGGUUGAGCUAUUUGGACAUGGCAGGGACAGAAGGCAACAUGGUUGGGGGCUUGUAUGCAGCAUUCUUCAAGCCCCCAUAUCAAUACUCUCAUGUGUUUCUCACCCUCAGGUUAAUGGGUCUGAUGGGGUUUGGGUAACUGGGGAAUUCUCACAGGUCUCUGAAAUGAACCAUCUCAUGUUCUUUGUUGUUAAAGCAAAGCUUCUAAGAUCUAAAGAGAAGUUCACAUGGAAUAGUAUUACAAGCUGA